AUGGCGAAUCUCACAGCCCUCCACACAGAGUUAAUAGAUCACAUCUCGACAUAUCUUGACGUCCCCGACAUUGCCUCCCUACGACUAACAUGUCGAACAAUGGGACGAAAGGCCACUUCGUCCAAAUUCACCGCCCUAUUCAAGCAGAAAAAUAUCCAACUCUCCACGCAAGCCCUCCAACGGCUGGUUCAAGUCACAUCGCAGGGAAGUCUGGGCUGUCUCUUGGAGGACUGUAGUAUAACGGGCAUCGCACAAUUACCCCAAGCGUCGCUCUCUCAAACAGAUCAGACUACAGAACUUGUGCAGCUGCUCACAACAGCAUUUCGAAACCUGAAGCAGCACUCACCAAACGGGAAGAUCACCUCGAUUCGUCUCCUGGUCGUUGCCAGAGAACAAGAUGCCAUUGGGAACUUGGUUGAACCAGCGGUAUUCAGAUCGUGGGGGGCAAUUUGGGCUGCGGCGUCUCACACAUUCAAGGUCGUCAUGGCAGCGCUGAGUAACUCCGGGCUCUAUGUGGAGUGUCUAGACAUAUUUAACAGCAUCAAUGGAUGCAGUCUGGUCAUUGACGAUUUCAUGUCAGACUUGAAAACAAAACAGUUGUGGCCUUUGCUCAAAACGCUGAGUGUGAGUCUAUCCGCCAAACCAGUCGUCGACAAGUGGCUCAUCGACGAGGCCAUGGAGCACCAAUAUCAGCCUGCUGGACCUGAGGAAAUAUGGACUGCAGACCAGACACUUCGGGCAAUCGCAAAUACAAUUUCACACAUGCCUUUCUUGCAGAGUCUGAAUGUUCAUUGGUACAUUAUUGGGAAACCAGAGACACCACCUACCGAGGUGUCCAGCAAUCUAUUCAACGACACCACAAUGCAGUCUUUCAAAUGGACGGGCAUCCAAGAGUGCAGCCUCCACGGAAUACAAGCCACUCCUACACACCUACUCCAAUUUCUACAGACCUUCCGUCCUCAAACACUCACGCUUACUGAUGUUUCCCUGGUGGGGGGGACGUACUCGCCAAUAUUUGAGUACCUGAGUAGCGCAGAGAGCUCCGUUACAAGCUAUCACUUAGACGACCUUGAUGAAACCCGACAUCUAGUCCAUUUCAACCAUGUCAAGGGAACUCCCAAGUUUCGGUAUAGAACCGGUGAUUUCGGGCCAAGCACAGUCUCGCGAUGCGGGCUGAGCGUCAAAGAACCGAUAAGUUACCAGCUCGCUCAUUCCAGGGUUCUCGGCUCUGGUGAGCGAGCGAGAUGGCUCAAGAGCAAGGCAGAGCGUUAUGGACGACGGCCAGGCUACGCUCGGUACAACUUUAUAUCCCUGAACUCUACCGAAUCCGUGGUGUCAACUAAUGUUGACCAAGAACAGGGCACAUGA